AUGCCGUGCCGCCCAGGUAUCUCCUCCAUGUCGCUAGGCCGAUGCUACGCUGGGCACAGCCUCGAACACAAACUCUCCAUGGCGGCGAAACAUGGACUAGAGGGCAUCGAGCUCUUCUACGAGGACCUAGUCGAUCACGCCGGGUCCGACAAGCCAUCCGACCUACUCGCAGGUGCCGCCUCAGUCUACGGACUUUGCUCGUCCCUGGGCCUGGAGAUCAUAUGUCUGCAGCCAUUCAUGCACUACGAGGGUCUCUUGGACAGGAAGCGACACGCUGAGCGAAUCGAGGAGAUGAAGCUUUGGAUGCAACUUGCGCAUGUCCUUCGAACAGACAUAGUCCAAGUCCCUUCAUCAUUCCUACCACCCAGCCAGACAUCCUCCGAUACGGACCUCAUCGUCAAUGACCUUCAAGAGAUUGCAGACCUUGGGCUGCAUCAAACCCCAAUCAUCCGUUUCGCAUACGAAAGCCUAAGCUGGGGAACACACGUUGACAAAUGGGAAGUGUGCUGGGAUAUCGUGCAACGGGUCGAUCGACCGAACUUUGGCAUCUGCCUGGACAGCUUCAACAUCUUGGGCAGGAUAUAUGCGGACCCUACCGCUGAAUCUGGAAAGGUUGUUGGAGCUGAUCAGGCAGUUCGCGAAUCGAUACAACGACUGGUUGCACAGAUCAAGCCUCGCAAAGAGAAGAUAUUCUUCAUUCAGAUCGUCGACGCCGAGCGUCUCGCACGACCGUUGCUUCCUGGCCAUCCCUUCUACAACGCCGAACAGCCAGCCCGCAUGUCUUGGAGCAGAAAUUGCAGGCUGUUUUAUGGCGAGACUAGUCGUGGAGCGUACUUGCCCGUAAAAGAUGUCACACGUGCCAUCAUCAAGGAUAUUGGAUUUGAGGGCUGGGUCAGCAUGGAGUUGUUCAAUCGAGUCAUGAACAGAGAGGAUAAGGGGGUCGUUGAGGAACUGGCACAGCGCGCUGCGGCCGCGUGGCAUGCCAUGUGCCGUGAUUUACAGCUUGGUACGGGUGCGGUGUAUGAUACAUUGGCGUCUAUGGAGAGACCGCGAAACGAAGUAAGCAAUGUAGGACAGUUCGUGAAGGAAGCCGAAUAUGCGCGGCUAUGA